AUGAACGACCCAGGCCUCGAUGAGCCCAUAGCCGAUGCCUCUGCCAUUGUCAAAGAAAAUGUCGAAGAUCACCCCCCUGCAUCUCACCACAAUGCCCAAACGUCAUCCCCUCACCAGCACCGUAAUGCGUCUCCAGAAGAGACUUAUGACAAAAUGGAGGAGGAGGAGCAAGAACGAAACUUUCUCAUGCCAGCAAGGUGGUGGUAUGCUUCGACCGGAGUUCCCCUUGUGGCAGGUACUUUCGGACCUAUGGCCAAUGCAUUCAGUAUCUGUGCGCUGGUGGAGAAUUGGAGGGUUGAGAUUCCUCCUGGAGGAACAGAAGAGCAUGGGAUUGACAUCAAAGACCCUGGCUGGCUUAUCGCCGUCAAUGCCGUCUCCCUAGCGUUCGCCCUUGUCGCCAAUAUGUCUCUACUCCUCAACAUGGCGCGACGUGUUCCCUUCCGCAUCGCCCAACCCAUCACCAUAGCCGGCUUCUGGAUCGCCUCAGUGCUUCUGAUCGGUCUGAUUGCCUUCGCAUCCUCUGAUUUUGACGCACCCGGCGUCCGGCAUCAGGCCCUCUCCCAGGCAUACUACUACGCCAUCUUUGCUGCGGGUUUGUACCAGAUAAUUUCAUACUUGAUGUGUUUUACGGUGUACGGGGCGUACAAGGGGCAUUAUAGUAAAGAGUUUAAGCUCACUGUGGCGCAAAGGACUUUGAUGUUGCAGACCAUUAUGUUCUUGUUGUAUCAGUUGUUAGGGGCACUGGUGUACUCACACAUCGAGGAAUGGAAGUUUUUGGAUGCGGUAUAUUGGGCGGAAUUCACUUCUCUAACAAUUGGCAUUGGCGAUGAUUAUACACCAAAGACCCAUCUAGGUAGAGGACUGCUAUUUCCUUUUGCUAUGGGCGGCAUUAUCAUCUUAGGCUUGGUCGUCGGUUCCAUUCGUUCACUAAUUCUGGAAAGGGGAAAAAAGAAGAUGGCAGCCCGAUUGACGGAGAAGACCCGAAGACGAUUGCUCAAGGAGAUUGAGAGAAUCAGUAAGAGGAAGAGCCGUUUGAAGCACAAGGGUGCCCUGGGGCUUGGGAAACACACCACGAAAGCACUGACGGUGGAGCCAGGAGAUGGUGAGGUCGCGGAGCUCGAGAGGAGACAGGCUGAGUUCGAGGCGAUGAGGAAAGUUCAAGAGUGGGCUGCCACAGAGCGCAAGUACAUGAGUUUGCUUGUUUCAACGUUUGCUUUUGCUUUCUUGUGGACGAUAGGGGCGUUGGUCUUCGAACGUGCCGAGAGGAACCAGGAUUGGUCGUAUUUCGGAUCACUUUACUUUUCAUAUACGACGUUGUUGACCAUCGGAUAUGGGGAUUUCCAGCCCAUGUCCAACAGCGGUAAGCCCUUUUUUGUCUUCUGGACUCUGCUCGCGGUCCCUACCUUAACCAUUCUCAUCUCCGACAUGGGAGAUACUGUGGUCAAGGCCGUCAAGGAUGUCACCAUCUGGCUGGGAGAGAUCACCGUGCUUCCCAGCAGUGAAGACACCAUAGCAAAUCGACUCAAGCAUGGAGUGUACAAGGUCACUCUUGGCCAACUGGAUCCUCGAUCAUCUGACUCUCGUGAUGUGGAAAGGGGCUCGGAAACGGGGAGCGAAUCUGGGUAUCAGGAACUGCAUCCUGGCCUUGUACGCCUGUUCCGCAACGGUAUGAAGAAACACAAAGCAGGUGGAAAAGACAAAGACAAAGACACCAAAGAUCGCUUGGCGGCCGACUUCGAGGAGGAGGAGAAACAGGAUGAAUCCGAUGCCAGACACGAGGGCGAUCGGUGGCAAGAAGAUGCUCAUCGCCAUCGCCAUGUUCUGUUGUCUCAAAUACGAAGGGUCUACGCAGACGCGUCUGCGGCAACACCAAAGAAGUACAGUUAUGAGGAAUGGCAAUACUUUCUCAAAUUACUUGGAGAGGAUGAAGCAGAUGCGUCAUACCACCGGCGAGCUCCCAUACAUGGGGAUGAGGACAGGGAAGCCAGAGAGGCUACUACGAAGAACAACGAGGGCGGCAAUCUCUACAUUGGGAGGCAUGGAGCAGGGUCUGACGGGCCAAAGGAAGGCAGAGACGUCCAAGCCCCCAAAUGGAGCUGGAUAGGAGCACAGAGUCCAUUGAUGGGUGACAAAGAAGAAGCUGAAUGGUUGCUGGAACGGCUCUUCCAGCGGCUGGAGGAAAGUCUUCAUUCCGACACGCCGCAAGCAGAGCAUGGGAAACAUUAUACCAGGGAUCUCCAAGAACAGAAACAACGAGAGGAAGAUGGUACGGGCAGUGGGAGAUGUGUGUCCUAG